AUGUGUUCUCUCUUGUAGGCUAUCGGCUGUACUCUGAACUGCAGUUGCCAAAGUUUCAAACCUGGGAAAAUAAACCAUCGACAGUGUGAACAGUGCAGGCACGGAUGGGUGGCUCAUGCUCUGAGUAAGCUGAGGAUUCCCCCGGUAUAUCCAACAAGUCAAGUGGAGAUUGUCCAGUCCAAUGUGGUGUUCGAUAUUAGCAGCCUCAUGCUCUAUGGAACCCAGGCCAUCCCUGUUCGCCUGAAAAUCCUCCUGGACCGGCUCUUUAGUGUGCUGAAGCAAGAUGAGGUUCUGCAGAUCCUCCAUGCCUUGGACUGAACCCUUCAGGAUUAUAUCCGUGGAUAUGUGUUACAGGAUGCCUCAGGGAAGGUGUUGGAUCACUGGAGCAUCAUGACCAGCGAGGAAGAAGUGGCCACCUUGCAGCAGUUCCUUCGCUUUGGAGAGACCAAGUCCAUAGUUGAGCUCAUGGCAAUCCAAGAGAAAGAAGAACAGUCUAUCGUCAUACCACCCUCCACAGCCAAUGUAGACAUCAGGGCUUUCAUUGAGAGCUGCAGCCAUAGGAGUGCUAGCCUCCCUGCUCCAGUGGACAAAGGGAACCCCAGCAGCAUGCACCCCUUUGAGAACCUUAUAAGCAACAUGACUUUCAUGUUGCCUUUCCAGUUCUUCAAUCCUCUGCCCCCUGCUCUGAUAGGGUCACUGCCUGAGCAGUACAUGCUUGAGCAGGGUCAGGACCAAAGCCAGGACCCCAAACAGGAGCUGCACGGGCCCUUCUCUGACAGCAGCUUCUUAACGUCCACACCAUUUCAGGUUGAAAAAGAACAGUGUCUAAAGUGUCCAGAUGUUGUUACCCCAAAAGAAGACAGUGCACACUUAAGUGAUUCCAGCUCAUACAGCAUUGCUACUAAGCUGGAAAGGACACAGCUGUCCCCUGAGACCAAAGUAAAGCCUGAGAGGAACAGCAUUAGUGCUAAGAAGGGCCGGGUGUUCUGCACUGCAUGUGAGAAGACAUUCUAUGACAAAGGCACUCUGAAGAUCCACUACAACGCCGUCCACCUGAAGAUCAAGCAUAAGUGCACUAUUGAAGGGUGUAACAUGGUGUUCAGCUCCCUGAGGAGCAGGAACCGACACAGCGCCAACCCCAACCCUCGCCUGCACAUGCCAAUGAACAGAAAUAACCGGGACAAAGAUCUCAGGAACAGCCUGAACCUGGCGAGCUCUGAGACGUACAAGCGCCCAAGUUUCGCAGUCAUGUCUCCAGACUGUGGGCCCCUCCCAGGCUACACAGGUUCAGUGGAGGACUCCAAAGGUCAGCCAGCUUUCUCGGGCAUUGGGCAGAAUGGUGUGCUUUUCCCUAACCUACGAACUGUCCAGCCAGUCCUUCCUUUCUACCGCAGUCCAGCUACUCCUGCGGAGCUGGCAAACACACCUGGUGUGCUGCCUUCUCUCCCUCUGUUGUCUUCCUCGAUCCCAGAACAGCUGGUUUCCACAGACAUGCCAUUCGAUGCUCUUCCCAAGAAGAAAUCCCGGAAGUCCAGUAUGCCUAUCAAAAUAGAGAAGGAGGCUGUGGAAAUUGCCGACGAGAAGAGGCACAGUCUCAGCUCAGAUGAUGGCAUGCCCCUGCAGGUAGUCAGUGAAGAUGAGCCAGAGGACAGCAGUCCUCAGUCAGACCAAGUACCUGAGGAGCAGCACACACAGUUGAGCCUAGAAAAGCCUUUCCCACAAGGAGAAAGACCCUGCCAUCUUGAAUCUGUGAUUGAGUCUCAUGGAACUAUCAGCAGAGCCCUUGAGCAAACCACACACACACAGAGGGAGGCUGAGCAGAAGUUAGCCUUGACGUCAGUAAUGCCAAGAGAGGUGGAGAAUGGUGGCCACGAGCGCCAUUUCACACCUGGACUGGGGCCCCAAAUUCCUUUCCCUGACUACAUGGAUUUGCAGCAGCGCCUACUGGCUGGGGGACUCUUCAGUGCUUUGUCCAACAGGGGGAUGACUUUUCCUUUUCUGGAAGACUCCAAAGAACUGGAACAUCUGGGUGAGCAUGCACUAGUGAGGCAAAAGGAGGAAAAUCGCUUUCAGUGUGACAUCUGCAAGAAGACCUUUAAAAACGCUUGCAGUAUGAAGACACAUCAUAAGAAUACACAUGCCAAAGAGACACACACGUGCACAGUGGAAGGGUGCGGUGCUGCCUUCCCAUCCCGUAGGAGCAGAGACAGACACAGCUCGAACCUAAGCCUCCACCAGAAAGUAUUGAAUGAAGAAGCACUGGAGAGUAGUGAGGACCAUUUCCGUGCAGCUUACCUUCUGCAAGAUGUGGCUAAGGAGGCCUAUCAGGAUGUGGCUUUCACACCACAAGCAUCGCAGACAUCUGUCAUCUUCAAGGGAACAAGUGGCAUGGGCAGUCUGGUUUACCCAAUAUCUCAAGUUCACAGUGCCGGUCUGGAGAGUUACAACUCCGGUCCCCCUAGCGAGGGCACCAUCCUGGAUUUGAGCACUACCUCAAGUAUGAAGUCAGAGAGCAGCAGUCACUCCUCCUGGGACUCUGAUGGGGUGAGCGAGGAAGGCACUACCCUUCUGGAGGACAGUGAUGGGAACUGUGAAGGACAGAGCCUUGUCUCUGGGGAAGAUGAGUACCCCAUCUGUGUCCUGAUGGAGAAGGCCGACCAGAGCCUUGCUAGUCUGCCCUCUGGGUUGCCCAUAACCUGUCAUCUCUGCCAAAAGAUAUACAGUAACAAAGGGACUUUCAGAGCCCAUUACAAAACGGUGCACCUCCGCCAGCUUCAUAAGUGCAAAGUGCCAGGCUGCAACACGAUGUUUUCAUCUGUUCGAAGUAGAAACAGACACAGUCAGAAUCCGAACCUGCACAAGAGCCUGGCCUCAUCUCCAAGCCACAUCCAGUAA